AAAGGGAAAAAUCAAAUUGUUGUAACAAAGUCACAUUUUGGAAUGAGGCCACCAGUUGGGCUUUAAGUUGGAUGCCAAUCGUAUCUCCGAAGUCUACAGAUAGCGAUCGGGAGGAGUACUCAAGAACAGAACUUCAGAUCCGUCUUCCCUUUCUUGUGUUCCAUUUCUCUUUCCAUCUCUGUAUCUGUAUCUGUCUUUCACCUCAUCCCUCCCUCUCUCUCUCUCUCUCCCUCUCUCCCUCUCUCUCUGAGUGCAUCUCUUGUGUUGGACGAGGCUGAAGAUCUCCACGGCAUUGUUGGCAUAGUGUUCAGCUGAGUUUUCCCAAUACAUCCGGCAAACCUUCUGCAAACCCCUGAAGCAAGAGCUGGUUCCAAGAACCAUUUGGGAGCACCAAGGACCUCGUGGAAAGUUCUGGACUUAUCGUGACACCGCUCUGCAGUUGGCACCGGAGGUUAAGCACUGUGUCGAUCUCUCUGACCUCCCUCGACAUCUUCCUUUCUUUUCUUUUUUUCCCUUAUUUUCUGACUUCAAGACACAAACCAAGUGUGUGGGAUUUUUUUGUUUUAUGACGAGAUACUCAAGGAGGAUCUUACGUCUGCAUACUUUUCAUCCAGUUUUUUCCCUCUGACAACUCAACAUGGCUGCAGUGCCUGUGUCUCUCUGGCAUGUUCCUGCCCUCCAUCCAAACAGGGGCUGGUCCUGUCCGGUGCUGCCCCACUGCACGCAUCUCCUCCUGGGCUUGGCGUUGCUGCUGACGCUGGGUCCUCUGGAGGUCCGGGGCCAGAAUGACACGGAGCCCAUCGUGCUGGAGGGGAAGUGCCUGGUGGUGUGCGACUCCACGCCCGCCGCCGAGCCUUCUGGGAACCCGCUGGGCAUGUCGGUGCGGUCGGGCACGGGGCGCGUGGCCUUCUCGGCCAUCCGGAACACCAACCACGAGCCGUCAGAGAUGAGCAACCGCACCAUGACCAUUUAUUUUGACCAGGUCCUAGUAAAUGUUGGGGCUCACUUUGACCCAGCACGCAGCAUUUUCCUAGCGCCCCGAAAAGGAGUCUACAGCUUCAGCUUCCAUGUGGUCAAAGUGUACAACAGGCAAACCAUACAGGUCAGUCUGGUGUUAAACGGCUGGCCGGUGAUCUCUGCCUUUGCCGGCGACCAGGACGUGACCCGGGAGGCUGCCACCAACGCCGGGCUCAUCACCAUGGAGAGGGGCGACAAGGCGUACCUCAAGCUGGAGAGGGGGAACUUGAUGGGGGGGUGGAAGUACUCCACCUUCUCCGGCUUCCUGGUCUUUCCACUGUGAGGUGGGGGAGACGCCAUGGAGGGCGGAGCAUGGGGUGUGGGGGUGGCGUCCAUAACUCAGCCCCUCAAAAACACUGUGUGGGGGGGGGCAACGUUUUGCUUUUUGCAGUGAUGUCAAGUUUGAGUGCGCUUUGACAAUGGAGGGGAGGCGAGGUGCUGUGACAUGAGGCGCUCGCCUUGAGAAAAAUACACAAGGACAAGACUUUAUAGAAAUAUAAACCUGUGUGUGAGUGUGUG